AUGGCACUUUCGGAUGCCGCAAUAAGCCGUCUGUCUGUCGAACUGGCCAAUAUGACCAAGGAAACUGGCCGCAACCACGGCGUCGUAUUCUGGGAGAUGUUUGAGAACCGCAUGGAAGCUCUAACGGGAACCAUCGCUGCGCCGGCAGGAACAAUCUAUGAAGGCGGUAAUUUUCUGCUGGAUAUCAAAAUUCCGGAAAACUAUCCCCAACGACCGCCGAUUCUACGCUUCAUGACCAAAAUAUGGCACCCCAACAUCUGCCCCAACACCGGACGGCUGUAUCCCCGCUUCUGUACGACAUGGUGCGAAAGUAUGACAAUUAAGACGCUGCUGAUGUGUGCUCGCCGUUUGCUCAGUUCACCGCUUUUGGGCGAUCCUGUCAAUGCCGUCCUGGCAUACCAGUUCAUUAAUAACCGGAGCCAGUUUAAUCUUACGGCCCGGUACUGGCUGCGAGUGUACGCUAACGGUAACGCUGCCGACUGCACGGAGUACACGGAAAUGGAUGGCAAAGUCGCGCAGCUGGUGGAGACGGGAUGCUGCGAUGCGACGGCAGCACGGGAUGCUUUGGCUUUGGCGGAAUGGGACGUCGCACAUGCGUUUGAAAGUCUGUUUGGUAGCCCUCAAAUGGAGGAUCUGGACCAAGAAUUGGCCAUCCAACAAGCGUUUACGUUUGAGUGA